GAACUGGGCUCUCAAAACUCUUACUUCAUUCAACAAUGACGACCGUAUCUCCCUUUGCCCGGAGCAGCGCCUUUGAAGAUACACGCAUCCCAGGCCGUGAGCAGACUAUAGAGGAAAUGUACAGUGUCCCCGAAAGCUUCCUCGAAAUCGAGGUCCGUAAUCCUCAGACACAUGGCUUUGGGAGGAAGAUGUAUACUGACUAUGAGAUAGUCUGCAAGACUAACAUUCCGGCUUUCAAAUUGCGCCAUAGUCUGGUUCGACGAAGAUACAGUGACUUCGAAGCAUUCAGAGAUAUACUUGAGCGGGAGAGCACACGCGUGAACAUUCCACCACUCCCGGGAAAGGUGUUCACCAAUCGAUUUAGCGAAGAGGUUAUCGAAGGACGGAGAGAAGGACUGGAGAGGUUCCUGAGCGUAGUGGCUGGGCAUCCGCUGCUACAAACGGGUAGCAAAGUGUUGUGUGCUUUCCUUCAAGAUCCCGGUUGGGAUAGAGCUCAGUGGAUAUAGGUCGCACUGCCUCGGUGGUAAGGAUUUGGAUAUGCCUUUUGUUUGUGGGAAUCUUUUUCUGUCGCCUUUUCAAUGUCCUUGUUUUCAGUAUGCAUCGCGGAUUUUCCUUUUAUUUCCGUAGCUCAGAAUGGAGUGACUAGGUUCUGUAUGAUUAACGAGAAUCUUGCCUGUAGAGCGAACGUGCUGUGGUGGUAGGAGUAGUAGUAGUAAUAGUAGUAAUAGUAGCAGCUGCGCCAUUGUUAACAAACAUGAGUCGGCAGUAAUUUCAAUACAAUGAGAUUGUAAACU